AUGGGCAAAACGAUGGCCGAAGACGAGCCUCCAGCUCUGAAAUAUCACCAUCAACGUCGUAAGUCGUUCUCUGCCCUAGCAGUUCAUUGCGAGGCAGAUUUCUUAGCUUCUGUCCGGCAUGCCUGUGUCCUCAAGUUCUGGCAUUUUGAUGGUAUAUGCACGACGCGCUUUCAUCUCCAUGCUGUUUUGUUCGGCCUUGACGACAAAACGAUGCGACCGCGACCGCGAUCGUCUGAAGAUGAGGACAGCGCAGACAAUAGAAAAGAUGAUGAGGAAAACGGACAGCUCCGACUCCAGUUAUUGCGCCCGGAGGGAGCUUACGCUGGAUCCAGAACGGAAGAGCCAGUACGAGUGGAUAAACCCGGAUUCGUGGUUGUGGAUGUACUAAUGAUUGCGCUCGAGCUGUCACCGGUGGUCGUCAGUUUGAAGGAUCGGGAUAGAACUAUCUGUCCUGAUGUGGGUGCCUGGUUUUGGGCUAAAUUCACUCGCAAUGGACAUCGCAACCGAGGGAAGGGAGCUCGAAUCGAGCAACUGCGCAGUGACAGUGACCUCAGCGAAGGCCGCAACCUUCGUAGACGGAGCGAUACCCGACGAAAGCAGACGGAACAAUCAGCCGGUGUGCUGGAGACAAUGGAGAAGAAAGAAGAGAAGUGGUUAAACGGCAACCAGGCUGAGGAACAACUUAUCGACUUGGGCCGAAGAAGAGCCCCCACCAGCAGAUGGGUGGCAGAUUUAGUGGAUAGAUGA